GGGAAAAAAACCCGGAUGCGUUGGUUUAAAGUAGUAUGGGACAUUUUUGUGUGUUUUUUUGUUGUUGCGAAGUUAAACCAAUAUUUCUUUUUGAAAUUGCUGCUGAAAAAAAUUGAAAUUAAUAAUUUUUUUAAAGACGGAAGUUUACUAGUGGGUAUAAGUAGCUUUUAGCUUUAUGAAAGCUGUAGGUGUUAUUGUAGAACAUGGCUCUGGUUCCCUAUGAGGAAAACCCGCUUCCAGCUCUUUCCAAACUCCACAGUUCCUCAGCUCAGUUCCGGUUCGCUAACCAGGAGCUCCGUCUGGUUCAGGACUGGAGGAGGCUGGGGGUGGCCGCUGUUGUUUGGGAUGCGGCAGUAGUUCUGUGCAUGUACCUGGAGCUGGGGGCCGUGGAGCUAAAAGGGAGGAAGGCCAUUGAACUGGGAGCUGGGACCGGACUGGUGGGGAUUGUUGCAGCACUGAUGGGUGCCAAUGUGACCAUCACUGACAGGCAGCCUGCCUUGGAGCUCCUCUCAGCCAACGUCGAAGCCAACCUGCCCCCAGAAUCCCGCUCCUCGGUGGUGGUCUCAGAACUGACCUGGGGUCAGGGCCUGCAGCGUUUCCCACAGGGAGGAUUCGAUUUGGUUCUGGGUGCCGACAUCGUUUACCUGGAGGAGACGUUUCCAUCCCUUCUGCAGACCUUAGAGCAUCUCUGUUCAGAGAACACCAUCGUCUUACUGGCCUGUAAGAUCCGCUACGAGCGGGACACAGACUUCCUGAGCAUGCUGAGGGGCCGCUUCUCCGUGGAGGAGGUCCACUACGACAAAGACAGGGACAUCCACGUGUACGAGGCACGCAGGCCGCCCAAAAGGAGGGAUUUAUGACAACUUUUUAAAUAAAAAAAAGACCAGGAACACGAUCAUCAGCUGCCAAAAAUCUCUUUUAUAUGGCUCUAACAUAAAUGCACAGAUGUACAAGUCGACAUUUAGAAAAACGUGAAUAAAAAUGUAAGAAAAAGCAAACUAUUUCAUGACUAUACAUAAGAGUACAAUAUGGCAUCCUGGAUGAGCUGCGUUCUCUCCUAUGAUUUGGUCAGACGUUAUAUUCCCGUUUUCAGGCGCUGGAAUCGCCUCAGACCAAAUCCAUGUUCAGGAAUUAUUAAAAGUGUUUGUUUCAACCCUUUGGAGGAACA